UCAGAGUGGUCAACAAACAACAAUUCCGUUGUUUUUUCUUUCAGUUUUAACCAGAUUUAAGGUUGAAGACACCCGGCAAAUUAUUUCUUGGGAGAUUCGUUUAGUAUUGAAAUUACUUGUAUAAAAUGUCUGAAAACGAGGCAGGAGGAAGUGCAGCAGCGAUCGAGGGAAACGAAAAUGAAGAGGUUUGGGCUAUAAGCGAUAUAUUAAAUGGCGAAGAGAAGGUUAUGGAAGAAGUGGCCGCCGUUCUUGGAGACACUGACGAUAUCAACUGUUCGUAUGAUAAUGGCUACAUGAAACGUCAACCAUUGUAUGCUUGUUUGACUUGCAUUGUAGAAGCAAAAGAGGAUUUCACAAAAUCAGCCGGAGUUUGUUUGGCAUGCUCGUAUCAUUGUCAUGAUGGUCAUAAUCUUAUUGAGCUGUAUACGAAAAGGAAAUUUCGUUGUGAUUGUGGAAACAAAAGGUUUCCAAACGGGUGUAAUCUGCAACCAAGUAAAACUGACUUCAAUGAGGAUAAUUCGUAUAAUCAAAACUUUAGUGGCUUGUAUUGCACUUGCUCAACAAUAUACCCAAACCCUGAAGAUCCCAUAGAGGAUGAAAUGGCUCAAUGUAUCCUCUGUGAAGACUGGUAUCAUUACAGACAUUUAGGAGCCUCUGUGCCUGUAAACUAUGCUGAAAUGAUAUGUGAAAGAUGUAUUGAAAAACAUGAUUUCCUUUUACAUUACGAUGGUUUAACAAUUACCAAAGUCGAGAAAACUGAUGAGUCUGAAGCAGCUGACAUUUCUGUUGAGAGUCAGGAUGCUGUAAAGUUGGAAGAUAAUGGAAAGGAUCUGGAUGAAGUUGAGUUGAAAACUGAAGGUAGCUGCUGCAAACCCAAGACCAAGUCCACUGUUGUAUCAACCAAGUUUAUGGAAAAUGAAGAUUGGCGCAACAAACUGUGCAAGUGUCCCACUUGCAUGGACAUGUACAAAGAGGAACAGGUAGAGUUUUUAUUGGAUGAAGAGGAUACUGUGCAAUUCUACGAGGAAAAGGGUAAAGUCAAGAUGCAGCAGAUGAAAGAUCUAGCUGUGGAUACGGAACAGAAAAUGUUGAACUCAAUGGACAGAGUUAAUUUAAUCGAGCUUCUCGCUGGAUACAAUGAUUUUAAGGAGCAGCUGGGUGAAUACUUGAAGAAAUUUGCUGAAAACAAGAAAGUUAUUCGAGAGGAGGACAUUAAGGAAUUCUUUUCUAAACUGAAAUCCAGAAAGAAGCAGAAAACUGAGAUGCCAUACUAUUGCAGAUGAAUUAAAUGGAAACAGUAUUAUAUAGAUUUAUAGUAAUGGGUAACUAGAUAGAUAUUGCUUUUGGUUAUUUCUUCAUUCAAAAUUGAUCAUUCAGUUAUUAAUUAAUGAGUCAAUCUGUGACCAAACUAUUUUAUAUGUAGAAUUCGAAAAUGU